GUAAUCGUGUUAGCCAGCCACCGCCGUGCCAAAAGAUACUUGAAAAGGUGGGGAGGAUUCGGUAGGCUCGGCCUCAUCCGCUGCUUGCCUCGCAACUAUCGGAUCUUGCGAAGAGGCAUCAUCCUCGUCGUCGUCCCAAACCGCGACCUCGCCACUCUCCAGAGCUUCAACUUCAACUCGAAGGAACAGUCACCUCCGUUAAGAGGAUGAUGCGCUGCGCUCUCAAGGGCGGCGGGUGCGUCACUUCGUGGGGCGGCGAUCGGAGGUCGCCGGCGGUCAGCCCCUCCAGCGUGAGGAUGCCGACGGGCAACGGCGGGUGCUGCUCCGGCCUGCGGUCGCGGGCCGCGGAUCUCGCGGGCCUCGAGAUGGGCAGCCUCCGCGGCGGCGUCGGGGGCCUCUUCCGCUCGAGCCCGCGCUACGGGCGCUUGCAAGCCACGGCCGCAGUUGAUCCUGAAGAUGUUCCAUUGGAGAACGUUCAAGUCAAAUCCUCAGGACAUGUUCUGCCAUAUGUCGGUGUUGCUUGCUUGGGGGCUAUUUUGUUUGGUUACCAUCUUGGUGUGGUCAAUGGCGCACUUGAAUAUCUUGCCAAGGAUCUUGGGAUCGCUGAAAAUGCUGUCUUACAAGGAUGGGUGGUUAGCACAUCCCUGGCUGGUGCAACAGUAGGUUCUUUUACGGGAGGGUCGUUGGCUGAUAAAUUUGGCCGAACAAGAACAUUCAUCCUGGAUGCAGUCCCGCUUGCUCUAGGUGCAUUCUUGAGUGCAACAGCUCAAGAUGUCCGCACGAUGAUUGUUGGUCGAUUGCUUGCUGGAAUUGGUAUCGGGAUCUCAUCUGCUCUUGUUCCCCUUUACAUAUCUGAGAUCUCACCAACUGAAAUCCGUGGAACACUUGGCUCUGUUAAUCAACUAUUUAUCUGCAUUGGAAUUCUUGCAGCUUUGUUAGCUGGAUUGCCUUUGGCAGGAAAUCCUGCCUGGUGGAGGACAAUGUUUGGGAUUGCUGUAGUUCCAUCCAUUUUACUGGCUGUAGGAAUGGCCUUUUCACCUGAAAGUCCUCGUUGGCUGUUCCAGCAAGGAAAGGUUAUCCAAGCAGAAUCAGCUGUAAAAAGACUGUAUGGAAAAGAAAAGGUUACGGAAGUUAUGUAUGAUCUAAGAGCUAGUGGCCAAAGUUCUUCAGAGCCAGAAGCUGGCUGGUUUGAUCUCUUCAGCAACCGCUAUUGGAAAGUUGUGAGUGUGGGGGCAGCACUGUUUUUGUUCCAACAGCUUGCUGGUAUAAAUGCUGUUGUAUAUUAUUCUACAUCGGUGUUCCGCAGUGCAGGCAUUGCAUCUGAUGUUGCUGCUAGUGCUCUUGUUGGGGCGGCCAAUGUUUUUGGCACCAUGAUUGCAUCUUCUCUAAUGGACAAGCAAGGCAGGAAAAGCCUUCUGAUAACAAGCUUUUCUGGAAUGGGUGCUUCAAUGCUGCUCCUAGCUUUGUCCUUCACCUGGAAAGCUCUGGCGCCUUAUUCUGGGACUCUUGCUGUUGUUGGCACUGUUCUGUAUGUGCUGUCUUUUGCUCUUGGAGCUGGCCCUGUUCCAGCUCUACUUCUUCCUGAAAUAUUUGCCUCCAGAAUAAGGGCCAAGGCUGUCGCAUUAUCUCUAGGCAUGCACUGGGUAUCCAACUUCUUUAUCGGCCUGUACUUCUUGAGUGUCGUCAACAAGUUUGGCAUCAGCACGGUGUAUCUGGGGUUCGCGUCAGUGUGUGCUCUUGCAGUUCUUUACAUAGCUGGGAACGUGGUGGAAACCAAAGGGCGGUCCCUGGAAGAGAUUGAACGGGAACUAAGUGUAGUAGAUUGAUGUACUCACCAUUUUGGUGGCUGAGAAUGCAACCAAGCACAGAACCGAGCGUCCUUGGACCUGGAGACCCUGUUUCUAGUUCCAUGUAGCUUCAGAAAUAAGCGAGCGGCAAGAGUGCCAAUCGUUGGUGGCUCGGUGUUGUGCAGUGAGGGGUUGUGUUCGAGCAGCAAGUUUAGCUGCGCUUCCUGUCACCUGUCAGAAUCAAUGAACCCGUCGAUGUUUCUUUUUUUUUGAAAGGAACCGUCGAUGUUUCUGGAGAUAAGUUUUUGGUUCUUAAAUUUCAUUGUUUCUUUUGGUGUAUAGAUGAACUCUUGUUUCCUGGAAAUAAAAGUCAAUCCUUCGAGAAUCAA